AGCAAUGGCUAGAACCAAGCAGACCGCACGUAAAUCUACCGGUGGCAAAGCGCCCAGGAAGCAGCUCGCCACUAAGGCUGCACGUAAGAGCGCGCCUGCAACAGGCGGCGUGAAGAAACCUCAUCGUUACAGGCCAGGAACUGUAGCUUUGCGAGAAAUCCGCCGCUAUCAGAAGUCUACUGAACUUUUGAUUCGCAAGCUGCCCUUCCAGCGCCUUGUGCGAGAGAUCGCUCAGGAUUUUAAGACCGAUCUCCGCUUCCAAAGCUCCGCUGUGAUGGCUCUGCAGGAGGCCAGUGAGGCUUAUCUGGUUGGUCUGUUCGAGGACACCAACCUGUGCGCCAUUCACGCUAAGCGAGUGACCAUCAUGCCUAAGGAUAUCCAGCUGGCCCGCCGCAUUCGCGGAGAACGCGCUUAAGAUUGUUCGUGAACCCAUAAUUUAAACGACAAAGGCUCUUUUGAGAGCCACCUCCGUACUUCUUAUAGCAGCAAAUUUCUCCAUGUCCGUUUAUUUGCGGUUUUUUCUGGCUUUGUCUCGACGUGUCUUAGGUUGUGGAAUAAUUUGUCUGAA